AUGGGCAAUCUUGAUACAUAUGAUGAGUUCUCGAAAUGGAAGAUCGGAUCUACCCUCAAAAUUCAACAAGUUUAAAUCAGAAAUACAGAUUUACUCAAUUUAUCGGUUUGA